AUGAGAGCUCGCGGGAGGAUAUGGAGGUUCUACGCCUCCCAGGCGGGAAUGGCGCCGCACAGGUCGAAAGAUCCAGUGCCAGUGCUUGGUCCGCCUGCUCUAGGCAAGCAAAAGAUUCUAGAUCUUCUCAAGUUUCGGCCGAUCGAUUUUGCGGAGAUCCAGAAAUCGCUCCGGGAGAAUGCCGAGGAGGCGGCCAAGGUCAAGAAUGGCGAGAACAAGGUGGAAUUCAGUGGCCGGAGCUUGCUGGGGACGCUCUCCCGCGACGCCGGGAUCAUCAAGGAUGGAAUGCGGGUGUCGAGCGCCAUCGCCGAGAGGAGCGAUGGCGAUUUCGUCUACUUGCUGGUGAGUAACUUCGCGCUGUCAUCGACCACGGUGGAGGAGGUGAGGAUGCAUUUCCCCAAGGGCGCCAGAGUGAAGAUCAAGCACCCGCGAGCGCUGUGCACGGCCAAAGGGAGAGUGAUCAUCGAGAUCCACAACCCCAUGUACAUCGACUUCUUGGGGAUCGAAGUUCCAGAUGGUCUCACCGUGGAGAAGAUCUGGGAAGAAGCGUCGGCUGCUCUAGAGAAGAAGGAUUACGUCCGAGCGAUCCACCUCCUCACGAGGUGUAUCGACGAGGAGGGAUACAAGAACAAGGUGGAAGCUCUUUCCAAGCGCUGCCAGGCAUGGCUGGGAUUAAACUGCUACGAGAGAGCGUUCGAAGACGCCAAGCGAGCACACGUCGUGGAUUCCACUCACAGGCACACGUACCUCCUCAAAGGCCAACUUUUUCUCGGCCUCCAGAAGUUCCGAGCAGCGCUGGACAGCUUCUACCGAUCGGGCCUCGCGGAUGACGACACCAUGAAGCGGUGUGCUCGGUUGAUCGAGCAGCGAGACACUGGCAACUACGAGCUGCGAGAGUUCAUCCUCGGCAAGAGCAAAGCUCCCGAAGUUGGCGACUAUCUCGGCCCCGUGAGGAUGGGAAUGGCGGCCGACGAGGAGAAAGGCCGGGGCUUGUUCGCGACCGAGGAGAUCAAAGCCGGGCAGCUUCUGCUCGUCUGGAACGCGGCGGCAGUGGCACCGCGGGAGGAUUUGCCGGCAAAGUUGAUGAGGAAGUGCUUGACGUCGAGGAAGAGCUUGUUCCAGUUCUUGGGACUAGACAGCGAGCUGGCGAUGGAGAUGGGAUUGUUCAAGCCGACAAACGUUCUCAUCCACGACCAGCAGCAAGACUACAUCUGGUUCGACGCCGUGCCCGCCAUUGCCAAGCUUUGCUCGAGCUACGCCUUCCAGAUCGAGGACAAGCCCGAGAGUCCGAUGGGACUGUGGACACUCCCGGCGCUCAUCAACCAUUCCUGCGUCCCUAACGUGUCGCAGCAGAUGGUUGGAACCGCGCUGUUCGUGAGAGCCGCCAGGAACAUCCGAGCCGAGGAAGAACUCACGCUCCCUUACAUGGACGUGAAGAAGCCGCUGGACGAGCGCAUGUACUGGACGGACAGCCGCUGGGGAUUCACUUGCAAGUGUCUCCGGUGUCGGGUGGAAGCUCGGCUGCACGCUCAGAGGCCGGAGUUCCCGUGCUUCCACGCAAGAAUGAGAGAAGCAGCCAAGAGGAAAGAUCGAGCGGAGGCUCUGGAGGAGCUGCGAAGGAUUGCAGUGGAAGUGGAGGAUCAAAUCGCCACCUUGGCUUCUCCGGUGGAGAGAGACUGGGUGAGAACGUCGUACUACUUGGCUUACAGGGCCGGUCUUCUCGAGAGAUCGUCGGACAGUCCGGCGAAGUUGAGCUCGCGAGUGAGCGCGUACCAGAUGAUGGCCGCGUUGCAUGCGACGUGUCCCGGGUAUGGGAUUGUCCGGGAGAUGGUUGCUCUCGCCAAGAGCGCGCUGCCAUCGCCGGGCAUGGAAGCCAUCUCGGAGAAGUCGCGAUUGCUCAUCGAGAAAGAGUUCCUUUGCGUGCUCGGGGAGCAAAAGCGCGAGUUUUUGGACGUGUUCGUGGACGAGCUCCUCAAGGGGGCCGACUUUGACAUCCUGAGAACCUGA